CCCAAACACUUUCGAAUGCCCGACCACACCCAAAACACAGUUGGUGUACAGCUUCGACGCGCUAUUGAUACUCCUGAUCUCAUUCUUUUUACUCAGUGGCCUCCAGAAUUGACGCACAACGUGCUUACCUACCUUGACAGUGACGAUGUGGCGAGAGUGGCGCGCGUCGGCAAUACUUUCCAAGCGGAGGCUGGGCGCCUUCUUUCCCGAAGGAGGGCCAAUUGGGAGAAAUCGCUGUGGAAGCCUGACAUGUACGAGCUCAUAAUUGAUCGGGAUUUUACAACUGCGGAACCUGUCCAGGGGCGUCUACAAGAACUCAUCUUCUGGUAUCCCCCCAAAGACACUUUGGACACUUGGGACACGCUCGUCACUGAUCAGCUGCAGGAGGGCUUAUUGCUGAUGACAUCCCUGAAGCACUUAACAAUACGUCUUCCGGCCAAUCCAGAAUUUGAUGUCCUUGAAACCAUAAAUUCUACUUUCACACGUUGCACGUUCUCCUUGAAGACACUUUACCUAUCCGAAGAUUUCGAACUGUUUCCUUGGAUCCUGAAGCAAACCGAGCUCGAAAUAAUGGCGGUGUAUACCCCGAGUUGGUUCUGGGGAUUCAAUAAAGACAAGCAUUUGAGUGAUCAACGAUGGCUCUCAAGUUCGCCCUGCUUCCGAAUUCCUCCAACCCUUUUCAUUCUCUCUGGAGUAACAGAGGAUGGAAUCUCCGCUUUCCCCGCAUUCUCCCCUGGAUGGAGUGCAAAGCUGAUUGAUGAUUCCUUGAAACACUUUUACGCAAUCCCACAGAAAGAUGUCACUAUGAUUGCCCUGUAUGUGCAAACUAUGGACGAAUUUGAUGACAAGAAUGUCCUGUCGGCCGUUAGAUCAAUCUCAGAUCACUUCGUCAACAUAUUUCAUUUGGACGUAUAUGUGGGAGACUGUAUGAUUCACCUGAAUCCCGAAGCUCUUGCUUCAGUACUCUCGAAUUUUACAAGAAAACUUCAAGAACUUGCAAUUGUAUUUUGGGAAGAGCCAUCGAAUGACAACCGACCAGUGGCCUACUUCUUCCGAGAUCAAAAGUUGAAGCUUUGCAAGGUCUGGUCAGAGGAAUGCCCAAGUUUGGCUUACAUCAACUUUCCAGACCACUCUGGCAGGGCAAUGGAUUCUCGAUGGGAAAUGUAAUCUUCUGACUAGUGGGCAGUGUUCUUACAACUGGUUUCCAAUGGGUGAAUGGCAGAGGAAUAGUACUAGGUUUCCCGAUCCGCACGUUAGGCAUAGUAAAAAAUGAGUCUACAGUC